AGUGGCAAUAACCAGGGGCAAUAACCAGGCGUGUCCCAGCGGGGAGCCCAGCUCUGCAGCCCUGUGCGCAGUAGAGAGCUGGACUUAGGCUGGCAGCAUGGCCGAGUUCAGGGUCAGGGUGUCCACCGGGGAAGCCUUCGGGGCUGGCACAUGGGACAAAGUGUCUGUCAGCAUCGUGGGGACCCGGGGAGAGAGCCCCCCACUGCCCCUGGACAAUCUCGGCAAGGAGUUCACUGCGGGCGCUGAGGAGGACUUCCAGGUGACGCUCCCGGAGGACGUAGGCCAAGUGCUGCUGCUGCGCGUGCACAAGGCGCCCCCAGCACUGCCCCUGCUGGGGCCCCUGGCCCCGGAUGCCUGGUUCUGCCGCUGGUUCCAGCUGACACCGCCGCGGGGCGGCCACCUCCUCUUCCCCUGCUACCAGUGGCUGGAGGGGGCAGGGAGCCUGGUGCUGCAGGACGGGACAGCCAAGGUGUCCCGGGCAGACCACCACCCUGUGCUCCAGCAACAGCGCCAGGAGGAGCUUCAGGCCCGGCAGGGGAUGUACCAGUGGAAGGCUUACAACCCAGGCUGGCCUCACUGCCUGGAUGAAAAGACAGUGGAAGACUUGGACCUCAAUAUCAAAUACUCCACAGCCAAGAAUGCCAACUUUUAUCUACAGGCUGGCUCUGCUUUUGCAGAGAUGAAAAUCAAGGGGUUGCUGGACCGUAAGGGGCUCUGGAGGAGUCUGAACGAGAUGAAAAGGAUCUUCAACUUCCGGAGGACCCCAGGAGCUGAGCACGCAUUUGAGCACUGGCAGGAGGAUGCCUUCUUCGCCUCCCAGUUCCUGAAUGGUCUCAACCCUGUCCUGAUCCGCCGCUGUCACUACCUCCCAAAGAACUUCCCCGUCACUGAUGCCAUGGUGGCCUCAGUGUUGGGUCCUGGGACCAGCCUGCAGGCUGAGCUAGAGAAGGGCUCCCUGUUCUUGGUGGAUCACGGCAUCCUCUCUGGCAUCCAGACCAAUGUCAUUAAUGGGAAGCCUCAGUUCUCUGCGGCCCCAAUGACCCUGCUAUACCAGAGCCCAGGCUGCGGGCCGCUGCUGCCUCUCGCCAUCCAGCUCAGCCAGACCCCUGGCCCCAACAGCCCCAUCUUUCUGCCCACUGACGACAAGUGGGACUGGUUACUGGCCAAAACCUGGGUGCGCAAUGCCGAGUUCUCCUUCCAUGAGGCCCUCACGCACCUGCUGCACUCACACCUGCUGCCUGAGGUCUUCACCCUGGCUACCCUGCGCCAGCUGCCCCACUGCCACCCUCUCUUCAAGCUGCUGAUCCCGCACACCCGAUACACCCUGCACAUCAAUACGCUUGCCCGGGAGCUGCUUAUUGUGCCGGGGCAGGUGGUAGACAGGUCCACAGGCAUCGGCAUUGAAGGCUUCUCUGAGCUGAUACAGAGGAACAUGAAGCAGCUGAACUAUUCUCUCCUGUGUCUGCCUGAGGAUAUCCGGACCCGAGGAGUUGAAGACAUCCCAGGCUACUACUACCGUGAUGAUGGGAUGCAGAUCUGGGGUGCAGUGGAACGCUUUGUCUCUGAAAUCAUCGGUAUCUACUACCCAAGUGAUGAGACUGUCCAAGAUGACAGAGAGCUCCAGGCCUGGGUCAGAGAGAUCUUCUCCAAGGGCUUCCUAAACCAGGAGAGCUCAGGCAUACCCUCCUCACUGGAGACCCGGGAAGCCCUGGUGCGGUAUGUCACCAUGGUGAUAUUCACCUGCUCAGCCAAGCAUGCGGCUGUCAGUGCAGGGCAGUUUGACUCCUGUGCUUGGAUGCCCAACCUGCCACCCAGCAUGCAGCUGCCACCACCCACCUCCAAAGGCCUGGCAACACGCGAGGGCUUCAUAGCCACCCUCCCGCCCGUCAAUGCCACAUGUGAUGUCAUCCUGGCUCUCUGGUUGCUGAGCAAGGAGCCUGGAGACCGAAGGCCCCUGGGCACCUAUCCGGAUGAGCACUUCACAGAAGAGGCCCCUCGGCGGAGCAUCGCCGCCUUCCAGAGCCGCCUGGCCCAGAUCUCGAGGGUCAUUCAGGAGCGGAACCGGGGCCUGGUGCUGCCCUACACCUACCUAGACCCUCCCCUCAUCGAGAACAGCGUCUCCAUCUAAAUCCCAGGGGAACACAGGCCCAGAUGAUAUCCCUUUGACCACAUCGCUCUAGGAUAGCUGGCACCCAGAGAAAAGGACUCCUCAGAAAAAACAGGCCCCAAUGUGCCUCUCCUGGGACAACCAGACUCUGUGUAACUCACCCCCACCACCAUACACACACAGAAAAACAGAAACAAAAUCAAAACAGAGAAAGCAACAAACCCACCAAGAACAGAGUCUCAGGACAGAACCACUGAGCCUUUUGGAGGCUCCAAGCCUCAAAGUGCCUGCAGAGCCCACCUUGAGGGUUUUGCUAGUUGGUUUUGUUUUGCAUUUUAUAGCCAUGGGGGGAAGCACAUAAUCCUGCCCCGGGGCCCACUAGCCUCCACUGAUUGGACCUUAUGGUCACCCAACUCAAGGACAACCACCAAGAAGUGGCUGCCAAAGAGACUGGGCACAGUGGCUCAUGCCCGUAAUCCCAGCACUUUGGGAGAUGGAGGCGGGAGAAUCAUUUGAGGUCAGAAGUUCAAGUCCAGCCUGGACAACAUAGCGAGACUCCACCUCUACCAAAAAAUAAAAAUUAAAAAACAAAUUGGGCCUGGUGGUGUGUGGCUGUGGUCCUAACUACUCGAGAAGCUGAGGUGGGAGGACUGCUUGAGCCCAGGAGUUUGAGGCUGCAGUGAGUUAUGAUUGUACCACGGCACUCCAGCCCAGGUAACAGAGCAAGACCCCGUUUCUAUUAAAAAAACAAAAAAAAAAAAACAAGGCCAGGCUCAGUGGCUCACACCUGUAAUCCCAGCACCUUGGGAGGUCAAGGUGGGCAGAUCACCUGAGGUCAGGAGUUCAAGACCAGCCUGGCCAAUGUGGUGAAACCCCGUUUCUACCCAAAAUACAAAAAUUAGCUAGGCGUGGUGGCACACACCUGUAAUCACAGCAACUUGGAAGGCUGAGAUAGGAGAACCACUUGAACCUGGGAGGCAGAGGUUGCAGUGAGCCCAGAUCAUGCCCACCGCACUCCAGCUUGGGUGACAGAGUGAGACUCCGUCUCAGAAAAACAAAAAUGAAAAUAAAUGCCCAAGAGGUUGAUUGUGACCUACUGUCUCAGCUUUAAAAUGAACAAAACACUGAAAAAGGGUCACUGGGAGCCAGGCAGAAUGAGGACACACUGCCCAGUCGGCACAGGCAGUGCCUAUGAUACUUUCUUAAAAACGUCCCCUAAAGUUAAAGACUUGUACGUUAUAAGGCAGGUUUCGUUUCCAGAGAAUCAGAAAACAUU